AGGGAAGGGCCGACGCGGAGGGGGCGGGGCCAGAGCGGCUCGAGGGGACGCGGCGGACGUGGGGCGGUGGCCUUGGCGGGGCGGCCUGGGUGCUUCAGCCUCCGUCGCGCCGCCGCGCGGUGCCUGCAGCGGUAGUGGGUGGCCGAAGGAUGUGACUGGAGGGCUGCCGGCGGCCCGCGGACGAUGCUCGCCCUCUUUCGCGCGACGACCCUGAUGCUGGUCGCCGGGAGGUGGGUGCUGCCCGCCGCCUCAGGGGAAGCAAAUCUGAAGUCUGAAAAUGUUGAGAUCCACAUCAUUGAUGACAAUUUCUUCCUGAAGUGGAACAGCAGCAGUGAGUCUGUCAGGAAUGUGACUUUUUCAGCAGAUUAUCAAAUACUAGGGACGGAUAACUGGAAAAAAUUGCCUGGGUGUCAACGUAUUACUAGUAACAAAUGCAACUUUUCUUCAGUCGAGCUUAAAGAUGUUUUUGAAAAAAUUGAAUUGCGCAUAAGAGCAGAAGAAGGAAACAACACUUCUACAUGGUAUGAGGUUGAGCCAUUUGUACCAUUUCUAGAAGCUCAGAUUGGUCCCCCAGACGUGCAUUUAGAAGCUGAAGAUAAGGCGAUAAUACUGAGCAUCUCUCCCCCUGGAACAGAAGAUAGUAUCAUGUGGGCUUUGGAUCGUUCAAGCUUUAGGUAUAGCGUCGUUAUCUGGAAAAACUCUUCAAGUCUAGAAGAAAGAACUGAAACUGUUUAUUCCGAAGAUAAAAUUUAUAAACUGUCACCAGAGAUUACUUAUUGUUUAAAAGUUAAAGCAGAACUGCGUUUACAGAGUAGAGUUGGUUGCUAUAGUCCAGUGUAUUGCAUAAACACCACAGAGAGACAUAAAGUGCCUUCACCAGAAAAUGUGCAAAUCAGUGUUGACAACCAGGCCUAUGUUCUUAAGUGGGAUUACCCAUAUGAAAGCACAACUUUUCAAGCUCAGUGGCUCCGUGCCUUUUUAAAAAAGAUUCCUGGGAAUCAUUCAAACAAAUGGAAACAAAUACCAAACUGUGAAAAUGUCACAGCUACCCACUGUGUCUUUCCUCGAGAUAUUUUCUCAAGGGGAAUUUACUAUGUCCGUGUACGAGCAUCUAAUGGAAAUGGUACCUCUUUUUGGUCUGAAGAGAAGGAAUUUAAUACGGAAGUGAAACCUAUCAUAUUUCCUCCAGUCAUCAGCAUGAAAUCCAUUACUGAUGAUUCACUGCAUGUCAGUGUCAGUGCUUCAGAAGAGUCUGAAAACAUGUCUGUCAAUCAGCUCUACCCACUAGUUUAUGAAGUAAUUUUUUGGGAAAACACUUCAAAUGCUGAGAGAAAAGUUCUAGAGAAAAGAACCGAUUUUACCUUUCCUAACUUGAAACCGCUGACUGUGUAUUGUGUCAAAGCCAGAGCACUCAUUGAAAAUGACAGGCGGAAUAAAGGGAGCAGUUUCAGUGAUACUGUGUGUAAGAAAACAAAACCAGGAAACACUUCCAAAACCUGGCUUAUAGCUGGAAUUUGCACUGCAUUGUUUUCUAUUCCUGUGGUCAUUUAUGUUGUGAGAGUCUUCUUGAGAUGUGUCAAAUAUGUGUUCUUUCCAUCAAGUAAACCUCCUUCCUCUGUUGACGAGCAUUUCUCUGAUCAGCCACUAAGGAAUCUACUCCUCUCCACUUCUGAGGAACAGACGGAAAGGUGUUUUGUAAUUGAAAAUGCAAGCAUUAUUACUGAGAUAGAAGAGACUAAUGAAGCUGAUGAAGUUCACGAAGAGUACAAUUCCCAAGCUAGUCAAGAUUCAGGAAACUAUUCGAAUGAAGAUGAAAACAGUGGAAGCAAAAUAAGUGAAGAGUUUCUGCAGCAGGACAGUGUGUGACCAGGAAUGACCCCUGAAACAUUAGGGAGUCUUACAAGAGUCAGAAUGGGAGCCUGGGCUUUUUGCUCUUCUCAGUAACUCUCAAAAGAAGAUUGCCCAUGUCAGGGAAGAAAAAGCAUCUUCAGAUCGCAGGUCCUAAAAAUACAGGCAAGCAUUCACUAUUUAAAAUGAAUUUCAGGAAGUUUUCUGCGUCCUUUGCUGUGUGUCAAGUCUUGAAAGGCCUGUCAUUGGACCUGCCUCGGAUGAGAGGCGUUAAGUCCAGAAGAUCCCCUCUGACUCCUUCAUGCUACCUAAGCGCCCCUGUGCUGUCAUGUGGUUUGGGGGUGCUUGUGUUCCCGUCAGCUGGUGCUGUCGCUGUGUAUCGUUCGUUCCGUCUCCCUUGCAGCAUUACAGUUCACUAUUUUCCAGGAGAUACUUAGAACAUUUGGUCUCGUUCAGAGAAGAACCUGAAUACCACCAUCAGUUGAUUUUCUGAAAAAGUAGCUUACUCUGGAAAACAGCUGCACAUGCCAGAAACGUGGUCCUUAUAGAUCUUCAGGGGGAUUCUCUCUGUUUAUACCAGUCACAUUUAUACCAGUUGCAAGAGAUGUGGAUUCAGUCCUUGGGAUGGGAAGAUCCUCUAGAGGAGGGCAUGGCAACCCACUCCAGUAUUAAUGCCUGGAAAAUCCCAUAGACGGAGGAGCCUGGCGGGCUACAGUCCAUGAGGUUACAGAGUCGGACACUGAAGCGACUGAGCAUGCACACACGCGUACCAAUUACAUCGGCCUCUACAUGACAGUUACCCAGCCCUUCCACAGUUUAGGAUUAAAACCAUGUCAUCUUUUACUAUAUGUACAUUAAGCCUUCCUGUUUCAGAACAUUAGGACAGUAGCUUCUGAUUAGAAGGCAUAAUCCCGAAAAUUACAGAGAAAUGGGAAACAGUCUGAGUAGAGAAGUUACUGUUAUCCCUUAAGAUAUGGGAGCGUGUCACAUUAGUGACAGUGUAUGUGAAGUCUUGGGAUCAGAAAAUGCUACUGAGAAACAGUAAGUAGAGUGAGUCAGUGGGAAAGAAGCAGGUGGCUUUAGUGAAAAAUAAGAAUAAUGUGCGUCGUCAACUUCUGAUAACUAACAUCCUGAGGGGUGGCAUUUGUUUCCAUGGCUCAUCUGUGUCACUUCGUAACAGCAGGCCGGCUUCUGUCCACUGUGGGGCAACACUCAGGUGUCGCUUCCGCUCAGCCUGCAUGCACUCAAGGACAUGCAAGUUAUUUAUCAUCAGAGUGUGGGAGGAAAUGAACUAGGAAGGAAACCCAAGUUUUUAAAAUUAUGCAAUACCUCUCAAAGGCAUCUGUAGCUUAUGUUUAAAUGACUUUGCUAUUUUGGCUUAUUCAUGGAGCUCCUGCAGAGAAAGGAAGUGUAGGAAUUCUGGCUACCUCUGAGGCCAAGUUCUCAGCUUCAGUCGUUGCAGCGGGACUCAGAGGGAAGAGAGAUGGCACCACCCAGCUCAUCAAGUCCGGCUGGGCUUGUUUAGAGUGGUCCGCGGGGUCUUCUGAGUGAAAGAAGAGGUUGAAAGCAGCCGCACUGGGAAGGGCCGUGGUGCCCUGCCUGUCCUCUCCAGAGCACCUCGUGCUCCUCUGGGCCACCAUCGGGGAGCACACGGUCAGGGGCGCCCCACCAGGGUAGUUCUCUGCUGCAGAAUCCUUCCAGGACCCAAACAUCUCUGAUCCACUGACCAGAGGCAUUUGGUUUAAAGCAGAUCAGGACUGGCCCUUCGCUGGGAAAGGCCCCAUCCGUCCGUGGGAACUUGUCACUAUCGAGAGGACCCUGCCCUCGCCGGCUUCCGCGCUGGGUCAGGGCCCCUGGCCUGCCCUGCACUCGGGCCUGGGAUUUUCCACAGGAAAAAUGCUGCUUCAGACUGGGAACAGUGCCUUUGUGGGGUGUGGCAGAGGGAAAACUAGGGCAUUAUAAGGCAGAGACGCUGCUGAAGUCACUGGGUCCCUGGGUGUGGGAGUAUGUGUGUCGGGUUUAAGGUCCCCUGUGGCUUUCAGUGGCCAAGCAUCUGCGCGGCCUCAAACAAAACCCCUGUUUCGCUGCAUCUUGUAGACCUGAAAACGCAGGUCCAUCCCAUUCCUCAUUGUGGCCCACAUGUAGCUUAAUCAAGAUGCGCUUGCUUGUAAGAUGGUAAGUAUUUUUUUCCAAAAAAAUAGUUUGCUUGCAAAUACUAUAUACUUGAGAGCAGCAAUAAACUCCCUCAGAUCUGUGAUCCUGAAAGCUCUUGGAGAGGGUGGAUAUAAUCUAAGCAUUUAUGUAGAAGAUUUGUGUCAUUACAGCUGGAAAUCAUGUAUUCAUAUGUAAUAUAGAUUAAUAUAUACGUAGUGACAUGGGUCUGUAAACACACAUGUACAGACAUGAUGCUGGCUACUGUGCCACUGCUGCUGCUGCUAAGGCACUGAAGUCGCGUCCGACUCUGUGCGACCCCACAGACAGCAGCCCACCAGGCUCCCCCGUCCCUGGGAUUCUCCAGGCAGGAACACUGGAGUGGGCUGCCAUUUCCUUCUCCAAUGCGUGAAAGUGAAGUGUCUCAGUCGUGUCCGACCCUUGGCAACCCCAUGGACUGCAGCCCACCAGGCUCCUCCGUCCAUGGGAUUUUCCAGGCAAGAGUACUGGAGUGGGGUGCCAUCGCCUUCUCCGACUGCCACUAGUACAUCCAUAAACACUUAGCGUAGGUUCUAAUUAGAAAAGGGUAAAUGCUGCUCUAGAACUACGAGCUUCAAAAUCUUGACCAGAAAUUUGCAACAUAUAAAGUUAUUUCAAAAAUAUAUGUUUAGGGACUUCUUGGUGGUCCAGUGGCUAAGACUGAGCUCCCAAUGCAGGGGCCCCGGGUUUGAUACCUGGUCAGGGAAACUAGAUUGUACAUGCCACAACUAAGACUCGACACUGUCAAAUAAAUUUUUAAGUAUAUAUAUAUAUAUAUAGUUUGUGUAACAUCUUUUCCCCAAACCUACCUUCAAAGCAGCCUCAGAUUGCUCCUAAGAAUUUGGAAGUGUUCAGAAGCUUUUCCUACCUCCUCCCCAUCCCUGUAACCCUUGUAUUACCUGACAUGUUUGUGUUCGUUUCAGCUGGUGUCUGUCUGCCCCUCCCAGGGGACCAGAAGCUCUGUGAGCUCAGGAAUAAACACUUAGCACUGUAUCCCCAGUACCUACCAGAGUGUGGUGCCUCGCGUGGAAAAAGUGCGUAGGAAAUAAUUGUCAAGUGAGGGAAACCUAGAAUUUGAACCAAGUGGGUGUUUCUGUUUGUAUGUCUUACUGAGGUAUAGAAGGACACAGCCAUAUUUCCAGUGUUUCUGUGAAAACAGCCAGUGUUGCCAGUGUUUGUAUCUUACUUCCUGUGUACUUUGUCUUAAUGCCCACUGCCAUUCAUUUUUAAACAGUUUUAACCGUUUCUGUAAUAAACACUGAGUCUUGGAUUCCA